UCGUCUAUCCCUCUGAGUUCUCUGUCUUCGCUUUGUGAUAUUACUAAGACGAAUCCAAACCUUGACGACCUAAGGCUUUAACGAUGGAGAAAGACGCUGACGGGUUCUACACUGGUCCUGGUUCCCCUCCUGCUGCUGCUACCGCUGCGCCUAAAGCUGUUGCUGAGGCGCCUACACCUGCACCUGGAAAGGAUGACGAGAAGAAGGAUGAGGAGGAGCCAAAGGCUCCUGGAGCCCAUAAAGAAACUGCAUCUGAGCUGCUGAAGUCAUCUUUCGAUGUGGAGGUAACACUAGCGGAUCAACAACAAGAUCCAAAUUCGCCUCUGUAUAGUGUGAAAACAUUCGAGGAGCUUAAUCUACAUGCGGACUUGUUAUCUGGUAUCUAUGCGAUGGGCUUCACACGACCGUCGAAGAUCCAGGAGCGUGCAUUACCUCUGCUUCUUGCAUCACCACCAUCACAUAUGAUUGGCCAGUCCCAGUCCGGGACAGGCAAAACCGCCGCCUUCGUCCUCGCCAUGCUCUCCCGUGUCGACUUCAAUAUCAACAAGCCACAAGCACUAUGUAUGGCCCCUUCGCGUGAACUGGCCCGCCAAAUCAUGUCCGUCGUCGUUGCCAUGGGCAAGUUUACGCCCGUGCAGACCGAGUUUGCCAUCAAGGAUGGUUUGCCGAAGGGGGCGUCGAAGGUGACGGCGCAUAUCAUUGUGGGGACACCGGGGACGAUGACGGAUUUGAUUCGGAGGAGGGUGAUAGAUGUGGAGGAGGUGAAAAUUCUUGUGCUCGAUGAGGCAGAUACGAUGGUGGGACAGGACGGGAUGGGUGAUCAGACGUUGAGGGUGAAGAACUCACUACCGAAAAACAAAAAUGUCCAGAUUGUCCUGUUUUCGGCCACAUUCCCAAAGCACGUUCAUCAGUUCGCUCAGAAGUUCGCACCAAACGCGAAUAAGAUCGAGCUAAGAAGAAACGAGAUCACUGUGGAGAAUAUCAAGCAAUUCUAUAUGGACUGUAAGGACGAGGUCAAGAAGUAUGACGUGCUAGUCCAGCUGUAUCACAUCCUCACCAUCGGGCAGAGUAUCAUCUUCUGCGAGCGCCGCGAGACCGCAGAUAAAAUUUCCAAACGCAUGACCGAUGAGGGCCACAAAGUCGCCUCCCUACAUGGUGCUAAAGACUCGGCAGAACGAGACGCUAUCAUUGACAGGUUUAGGGACGGGAAAGAGAAGGUGCUCAUCACGACGAACGUCAUCGCGCGGGGGAUCGAUAUCAUGCAAGUCAACAUGGUGGUGAACUAUGAUCUGCCGCUCAUGAGCGAUAGCCGAGGGGGCUUAAAGCCGGAUGUAGAGACCUAUAUUCAUCGGAUUGGCCGAACGGGCCGUUUUGGGCGCAAGGGUCUCUCGAUCAACUUCGUCCAUAAUGACAAGACGUGGAAGCAGAUGCAGGACAUUGAGGCUGUCACGGGCAAGGUUAUCACGAAGGUGGAGACGGAUGAUCUCGAUGUAAUGGAGGAGACGCUGAAGAAGUACUUGAAGUAAUGAUGGACCUGCGUGUAGAGUAUAUGUCUCCGAGUACUAUUGGGCACAAUGUUGUACUAGUGUGUGGCGGCAUAUUUGUAGGAUCAGUUUGGGAUAGGUGCUUGUAUUGCGUUUGUUUCGGUUGCUAAGAUUGAGGGUUGAGGGGCAUCGAGCUUGAUGCAUGACUUUAUAGCGCUAGACACAGUUAUUGUGUGGCGAGUGUCUGCUCGGUCGGAAGUCCGAGUAUCUCAGGAUCUUACCUCCUUCCACAGCCUA